CCCUCCCAAGCACCGUAGAUACAGAUGACCUGCAUUUUUGAGCUCUCUGUCGGCUUCCGAUUUGUUUUUCUCCUUGUAUAACCCGGGCCCUGUCUGUUUCUCAGCUGAUUGCGCUCAUCUCAAACCAACCGAAAGCUAUUGAAAGCUGCGUAUUGUUGUUAUUAUCGUUUCGUUUCCUGGCACAUCAACAAUGCGCACAAGACGUCAGGACAAGGCUGUCGCAGAAGCUGCCGCCGCCGCUGCUACUGCUGACGCCCCCGAAACCACCACCACCGCUGCUGCCUCUAUUGCUGCUGAAGAGGAAAAGGAAGAAGUGCCUUCAUCAGAGGUUGCUUCUCCAAUCACGCGCAGCGAUGACAAAAAUGCGCAGGCAUCGCCUACCACCACCGUUACCAUCUCUAAGAUCGAGGCCCCUGCCGUCAAGCGCUCCGAUAGCAAGCCGCGCUCCAAGCUACCAACGCCAGUGCAAUUCCCUCUCGUCGCCAUUCUCAGUCUGGCGAUCGCCGAGCUGGGCUACUCGUUGUCGUGGCCUUUAACGCAGGGAGUCCUCACCACACACGCGCGACUCUUGGGUACUUGGGCUGAGGUUGGGGCUGUAACGGGCUGGAAAUUAUUUGAGCUCGCGCUUGGGUGGUUCGGCGACUACGAUGGUUAUGACAUCACUGCGCUGAAUCUCCUGUCGCAAGGCCCUCAUCUGUACUUGCUCUACGCGCACUAUGAGACACCCGCAUUUGCGCUUCUCGUAACUGUCGUCGUCGAGACACUAGCCACAUACAUUCCGUUCCGCCUGCUUCGCCCACUGUCUCGAGCUCACGCCAACCCGACUGCCGUCCCCAAUGCAGACAUCUUGGCCGAUGUGCCCAUCACGCUCCUCACCACUCUCCUUUCUGGCGUUAUCUACAGCGUGUCCCUACUCUUCGCGUACGCGACUUAUCUUCCUAACUAUCUAGUGCUGUACUUUGCGGGCUUGCCGUCGAUAGUGCGCGCCAACGAAUCAAGCUACGUGGGUCUCCUGCCCGUAGCACUUGCGCUCGGUUUCGCGGCCCGCGUCUUCAUAUUUACGCCAGCUGAAGCAACUGGCCGGACCCCGGAGGAUGCCGAGAACGAGGCGUUCGACCCUGUCAAAGCCAGCUUGCGCGAGACAGUGCGAUGGAACUUCUUGGGUUGGUCUUCGCAGACUAAAGUUGCGAUGAAGCGCACUGCGUUGAUCAUGCUUGUCUCUGGUGUUAACACAUUCUUGCGGACAUGGCUUACCAUUGUGGGCGUGGAAACCGCCGGUGCCGCAGCUUGGAGCAGCAUUUGGGUCAUAGCCGCGGGUAUUUCUGGCUUGGCUCUCAGUGCUGUUGGAGGAGUGUAAACUUGUCAUGGUUGGGUAACAAGAGGAUGGGAUAUGUGGGUUUUCCGGUGGUUUAGGCUGGGACGGUUGAGGUGACGGUGUGGAAUGUGGCGUUCAAGGGGAUGUGACGCAAAAAACGCGACUAUGAGACAGCCUGGAACGGUUUGUUCUCUUUGUAGUUACUCACCUACCAUAACAUAUUUCGUAAUAUCUAUUCUUCCCGAUUCGAUGAAUCAUGUCAAUACCUGAA